CUGUCCCCGAGGACUUUUUUACAACCCUUGUCUGCCACAUGGGCCAUCACAAUUUAAACCCUAUUGGCUAGGGAUGUGUGUGAGAGAAAGAGCGAGAGCCUCACACACACACACACACACACACACACCCUUCCUGUGACACACACACACACGCCUCCCCGCUCACUAACUCUCAGUGUGCCGAGCUUCUCCUGACAGGAGCUGGUUGUGGAAAAUGUGACGCGUGCUUGGAAAUGGCGGGAUUCUUAGUGUGAGGAUCUAAGGCAAAAUCAUGUUAGCUGUCACUUCUUCAUCCAAGCAUGCCAGAGUCGUGUGCCACGGAAUCCUCAACGGGACCAGACGUGGGGAUCAUCCUCAGGAUGUACACAUGAAAGUGGACUGACUGUGGCGAGUCAUGGAGCCUGGGUGGAAUUGCAGCUUUGACUGCGAUUCCCCACUGUGCCUCGGCCACUCGGGGCUUCACAAGCAGGAGAGCAUGGAGAUGUUGCAGAGACUGUGCAGCCUCAGUAGGAUGGCCGUGGAUUCCCCGAGACACUCGCUCUCCCCGGUGUUGAGCGCCAUCGUGUGGACGCUGCUCUCCAGUGGCAUCCUACUGGCUUUCUGCUUCCUGCUCUUCACCCUGCGCUUCAAAAACAACAGGAUAGUAAAGAUGUCCAGUCCUAACCUGAAUGUCCUGAGUCUCUUUGGAAGUGUCCUCACCUACAGCAGCGGCUUCAUGUUUGCCGUGGACUCGCACCCUCAGAUGGACGCGAGAGCUGUACUACAUGCUCGAGUGUGGACCCUCUGUCUCGGCAGCACCAUGGUGUUUGGACCCAUUUUAGGAAAAACAUGGCGGCUGUACAGAGUGUUCACCCAAAGAGCGCCCGACAAGAGAGUGAUCAUCCGAGACAUUCAGCUAAUGGCCAUGGUGGCUCUCUUGAUCCUGGUGGACCUGUUGAUCCUGACUGGCUGGAAUCUCUCGGACCCCAUCCGCUGUUCACGCUCGCUCAAUGCAGUCGUUAAGAUGGUGGGGAAAGAAAUCUCCUAUUCUUUGUCUCAGCUCGAUUCCUGCUCUUCUGCGUACUCAGAUUUGUGGGUUAUCAUUAUUGUUGUUAAAAAGGGGUGUCUCCUGCUCUACGGCACAUAUCUGGCCGGCCUGACCAGCAACGUCAGCCACCCUCCAGUCAACCAGUCUCCCACCAUCCUCACCGCCGUCACUUUGGUCACCCUCUGUGCCGGUGUGGCCGUCCCGGUGUCCGUCCUGAUGCCGUCUUGGCCCAACGUGGUCUACAGCACGGUGGCCGGUGCCAUUUUCAUUUGCACGCUGGCUACCAACUGCAUGCUCUUUGUGCCCCAGCUGACCGAGUGGAGGCAUUUUGAGGAGGACCACAACAACCCGAGUCAGAUGGCUAAGUACUUCAGCAGCCCUAGUAAGAGUCAGCCUUCAAUCUACAGCCAGGAAGAUGUCUACUUUCUUCUCGGGGAGAACAACUCCAUGAAGAAGCUUCUCAACGAGAAAAAUGCCGUGAUUGACAGCUUGCAAGAGCAGGUUAGCAACGCCAAAGACAAACUUCUGCGUUUGGUGUCAGCUAGCCAAAUGUUAGAGGAGCCAGAGGUGGACAACCUCCAGUCCUCCUCCACUCAGACCACAGAACUUCAGUCCUGUCAACUUCCAGCUCUACCUCAUAGCGACGUCAAGUCCAGACUCUCAGGCCUGCCACCUGUCUCCCCUCGUCUCAUCGAUGCACCCUCGUCAUCUGGUGGUUCGGGAUUUUAUGAUCGUCCCCCUUUAUCGUUUUCUGUAACUCCCACUGCUGCCCCAUCUCCUUUUUCUGGUGGAUUGGAUGCAGACACGUGUGAGUCCGUAGCAGAGGACUCACUCCAGUCUUCUGGAUUUCAUAGGACAGCAGAGGAGACGGCUGACUUUGUCACCACCCUACAAUCCCCCAGACUUUUGAACCAUUUUGAGGUUGAAACUUUAAGCAAUGGGCCAAGAUCCCCCUUGGGACCAAACGCCAGACCAGCUGGUUUCGUUAGUAGCGAUAAGUUGCGGGAGAUCCUCCAAGAACUCAGUGUGGAUACGGUCUUGGAAACUGUUCUAAAAUCUGCAAAGAGGCCUUCGCAAAGCAAAUUUAAUGAGGACUCCUCGCUUUCACCCCUCUCUCUGCGGACACCGCGUUCCCCCAAAUGUCCUUUAGUUUUUCACUACCCCAGCAUCUCCCCCUACGCCAUGAGGAAACGUCGCCCGCCCUUCCGCUCGCCCAGACGUAGUACGCCACCGUGCCUUCACGAAAAGAGGCGGAUGAGGGAUGUCUGUCAGAAUCGAAAGAAACACCUGGAGGACAGCACCAUAGUGAUAGUAGAUAGUUCCAUCCUCCCGGUUCCCAGCUGUGACCUUGACUUACAAGAUGAAGAAGUGGGAAGUAUGGCAUCAAGGCCUCGUGGGGGUUCUCCAGAGGACGUGGAUGAAUCUGACAUAGGGAUGGGCUGCGAUAUCCAGGAGCACGCCCCCAGAAACAGCGCGGACGCCCGCGAGUAUUGUGAUUCGGACUCAAGCAGCUCCACAGACUAUCACUUCUACCACCGACCCUAUUGCGACUCCUGCUUGCAGCGAGGCUCGUUGCUAUCCUCGGAUUCCUCAGACUCCUCGGACAGCGAGUAUGAAGGUUACGACUUCUACCGCUCUGCACAUCCGGUGGUGUUCAAGGAAGACCUCAAACCCACGUUUGUGUAAAGACAAGCAGGUUUUUCACUAAAUUCACAAGAUUUAAAGAUACACCCAGACGUAAUGAAAGUUAAAGGUCAUCUGCAUUUAAUGUAAUCUCAUUGAAUGCUUUUGACAGCAUUUUACAGAGGUUUGACUGAAAUCAUGUAUGACGCUCUCGUGUCUUGCUAGAUUACAAAAUGUUUUGAUACAUGCUUUGGUCUCUAUUUCUCCGUUUUGGAACACCAAGCCCAUGAAACUAAAUCAGUAAGUUUGCCCGCUUGAUUAAAUGGCGGCUUUUUUUUUUUUUUUUUUUUUAAAUUCACAUGGGGCUAAAGAACACAAGUCCCAGUGACCCUCAAACACUCGGCUGAUCUUACGUAAGCCUCCUCUGCAUGAAGAGAUCAACACUAAGUGGACAAACUGCCAGGAGGCAGAAACCAAACUGCGUUUCUAUGCCUCUUUGCUCUUUGCCUUGUUACACUGUAAUCUUUUUUUUUUUUAAAUAUAUUUAAUAAAUAUAAAAACAUGAGUAUAUAUAUGUAUAACAUACAUAUAUACAUAUAUAUACACUCACACACACAUAUUCAUAUUUUAUAUUUAUUAUGGUUUAUUUUGAUCCCUGCUGUAUCUCACAUUAUUUAUACUCAGUUGCCUCAUUUCUGGGACACAACUUCAUUCAUUCUGCAUAUUAAAGCACUGAAGGGCAGACUGGGAGGAAUUCUCUUUGUAGUGUACAACAGAGGCGAUACAAACCACACUAAAGGCUCUCUGCCAGCUUUCGUGUGUGGGAGGAUAGACCAACUAAGAUUAGCUUGUAAGAAUUUUUAUAUGAAGGCCACUGGCACACUUAAAGAGGAAUGGUUGAGUAAAAGACAGCUACUUGGAUACACCCACAUAGAUGUAAUAAAGCAGUGCAAACUUUGUGUGUACAUGAAUAAUUGGUUUCCACAUCUUAAUCACUCUUCUAUACUAAAAAUAAAUAGAACUGAUUACUG